UUAAUGUUUCUUUUUUUGUUUUUUUGUGGUGCAUAAUUGAGGCAGCUGGAACACUGUGCUUGUGAGGACACUUCUUCUAAUCUGCAGCCUUGCAUUACAGAGUUAUGUCAUGCCGCAUAAGGGCCAUGCCCACUUUUAUGGAGAGCACUCAGCAAGGCUUAUCACACUCUCACGACACCGGCGCGCGACUCACUGCAACAGGUGAACUAACUCCCGCGUGCAACACACACACUCACACACACACUCUGUCUCAGAGACACACACGGCAGCUAUCAUGGGGAAUCAACAGCAGUCAUGUCGCAUUAUCGUCCCGGUUGCCAUCUUAUUGCUGGCGACUGUUGGCAUUCUUCUGCUCGCCAUCAACACCGAGGACGUGAAGGAACCCGCACAGUACAUGUAUGGUAUCGUCCUGGAUGCUGGAUCCUCCCAUACAGCUAUGUUUAUCUACAAAUGGCCUGCAGACAAACAGAACGAUACUGGCAUCGUCAGCCAGCAUAGCGAGUGCCAUGUGAAAGGAGGAGGAAUAUCGAGCUAUGCCAGUCAGAGAGGAGGAGCUGCUCGUAGCCUGGAGGUGUGCAUGGAGCAGGCUAUGCAGGACAUUCCAAAGGCAAGGCAUCAGGCCACACCUUUGUAUCUUGGAGCCACAGCUGGCAUGAGAUUACUGAACAUUUCUCAUCCCAAAGAGUCAGGUGAGAUUUUGAAGGAAGUAGAAGAAAAGCUGAAGAGCUAUCCAUUUCGCUUCAAAGGGGCUACCAUACUGACAGGGCAAGAGGAAGGUGCAUAUGGCUGGGUCACUGUCAACUACCUGUUAGAGAACUUUAUCAAGUACGGGUUUGUAGGCCACUGGCUGUCCCCUGGCAAAGAGACGGUCGGUGCGCUAGAUUUCGGUGGUGCCUCUACUCAGAUUACCUUCGAAACCAAGGACAAUGUGGAGGACAAGAACAACCUGAUGAAGCUGCAGCUGUACGGCAGAAACUACAGCAUCUACACUCAAAGCUUCCUGUGCUACGGCAAGGACCAGAUGUUACGCAAACUGCUGGCUCACCUGGUUAAGUCUCAGGGCACAGAUGGACUCAUAACCCACCCUUGCUAUCCAGCAGGUCACAAUGUGUCUAAGACACUGGACAUAUUGUUUGAUUCUCCCUGCACAGCAACCAGCAAACCCACUCCGUUUAAGGGUGAGAAGCAGCUUAAUAUUGUAGGCUCGGGGAACUACCAGCAGUGCAUGGGGAACAUGUCCCAGAUCUUCUCUUUCCAGCCCUGUUCCUACUCCAAGUGCUCCUUCAAUGGCAUCUUCCAGCCCAAUGUUACUGGCAAAUUUAUGGCAUUUUCAGCUUUCUACUACACUUACUACUUCCUACAGCAGGCCACAGGCAUCACAGUCACUUCCCCCAAGCUCCUAGAAGAGGCCGCUAUCACCGUCUGCAACAUGACCUUCCAGGAGAUGGUGAAGAAGGUUCCAGAUCAGUCCAACCGACUGCAGGACUACUGUGCAACCACAGUCUUCAUCCAGGUGCUUCUUCUGAAAGGCUACGGGUUUGAUCUGAACUCUUUCUCCCACAUCUCCUUCCAGAAGAAAGCAGGGGACACCUCGAUUGGUUGGGCUCUUGGUUACAUCCUGAACCUCAGCAGCCUCGUGCCAUCUGAGAGUGUGUCCCUGAGAAAGGCUCUCUGUCCAGGAGCCUGGAGCAUGCUCAUCUUCCUCUUCACUUUCCUGCUCAUCCUAGCAGUCGUGUUUCUGCUGGUGUCCAUGUGCUGCAAGAAGAAAGGAAAUGACAACGUACUAUAACUAUGACCGUUUACAAUGUUUUUAUGUUUUUAUGCACUGAUUGAACAAAGUGGCAAAGGGCUGUUUAUGACCCCUGAUGUGAAAUCAUGAUUUUAGUAGGUCAGACAAGGUGAACAAAAAUAUAUACACUGGUAGUAUAUUAGAUUAGAAAAUGAAUUAGAAGUAAUCAGUAUCAGUUUCAGCUGUAGGACAAAAAAACAAUACUAAGGGGAUCUUUUUUUUUUUUUUUUUUUUUUUUAAAUAAAACCAAAUAGAUUUAGGAUUUUUUUAUUGUUUGUUUCUAAUAAAUGCAUUCAGGGUUAUUUUCAGUAACAGUUUAAGUAGGUUAUGUAGCACCUUUGAUAAAGAUUUGGUUUAAAGGAUUGUUUUAAAUGAAAUGUUAUGAUGCUAGAAUAUUUUUAUAAUGUGUGCAGAUUCGUGAACUCAGGAAUGAUGCAUUUUAUACACUAUGAUUAUGAAGAAAAGUUUUGAAUCUGGAAUCCUUGGCUCUGUGUGAUGAAUAAAAACUGUUUUCUA